AUGGCGCCCCGGGCGCCCCCGCGCACCCCGAGGGGCCCCGGCCCGGCCGCCGCAGCUCCGGGGCCCGCGCCGCCGCCGCCGCCGCCGCUCCGGCCGCUCCGGCCGCUCCGGCCGCUCCCGCUGCUCCGGCCGCUCCGGCCGCUCCGGCCGCUCCCGCUGCUCCUGCUGCUGCUGCUGCUGCCGCCGCCGCCGGGCGCCUGCUCCCCCGGCCGCCGCGGCGCCCCCGUCCGGCUGGCCCGCUCCGCGCCCGGCCCUCCGGGGCCCGGCCUGGGGCGCCGCGGGCGGGCGGCGCCGGGGGCCGCGGCGGCUUCGCGGGCGCAGGUCCCGCUCACCAGCUCGUCGUUCGUGCUCAAGGGGGACGCGACGCACAACCAGGCGAUGGUGCACUGGACGGGCGAGGACAGCAGCGUGAUCCUGAUCCUGACCAAGUACUACCACGCCGACGCGGAGAAGGUGCUGGAAAGUUCUCUGUGGCGGUCCUCGGACUUCGGGACGACCUACACCAAGCUGGCCAUCCAGCCCGGCUUCACCACCAUCAUCGACAGCUUCUUCAUCUGCCCCGCCAACAAGAGGAAGAUCCUCUUCCUCAGCUCCUCGCUCAGCAGCGGGGAGCAGAACCUGUUCCUGAGCACGGACGAGGCCACCACCUUCCAGAAGCAGCUCCUGCCCUUCACCGUGGACAAGCUCCUCUUCCACCCCAAGGACGAGGACAAGGUGCUGGCCUGCACCAAGGAGGGCCAGCUCUACGUGUCCUGUGACCUGGGGAGCAAGUGGCUGCUGCUGCACGAGCAGGUGACCAAGGACCACGUGUUCUGGGCUGAGUCUGGAGCGGGCGCCGGCGCAGACCUGGUCCACAUGGAGGCCCAGGACCCCGCAGGAGGGACCCGCUACAUGGCCGCCCAUGUCCACAACUGCUCCAGCAGGAGGCUGAGCUCGCCGUUCGCCGGCCCCAUCGACCACCGGUCUCUGCUCUUGCAGGACCAGUUUGUGUUCUUUAAGGCAACAUCCAGCAACCAGACCAAAUACUACGUGUCUUAUCGUCAAAACGAGUUUGCCCUGAUGAAGCUGCCGAAGUACGCGUUGCCGAAGGACCUGCAGGUGGUCAGCACGGACGGCAGCCAGGUGCUGGUGGCGGUGCAGGAGUGGUACCAGACGGACACCUACAACCUGUACCUGUCGGACCCGCGCGGUGUGCUCUACGCGCUGGUGCUGGAGGACGUGCGCAGCUCCCGGCAGGCUGAGGGGGGCGUGCUGGUGGACGUGCUGGAGGUCCACGGGGUGAAGGGCGUGUUCCUGGCGAACCAGAAGGCCAACGGGAAGGUGAGGACGCUCAUCACCUACAACAAGGGCCGCGACUGGGCCCGCCUGCGGCCGCCCCCCGAGGACCUGGACGGGAAGCCCACCCACUGCCAGCCCCCCGACUGCCACCUGCACCUGCACCUGCUCUGGGCGGACAACCCCUACGUGUCGGGCACCGUGCACACCAAGGAGACGGCGCCCGGCCUCAUCAUGGGCGCAGGGAACCUGGGCUCCCAGCUGGUGGAGUACAAGGAGGAAAUGUACAUCACGUCGGACUGCGGGAGGACCUGGCGGCAGGUGUUCGAAGAGGAACAUCACAUCCUGUUCCUGGACCACGGCGGUGUGAUCGUGGCCGUCAAGGACAGCUCCAUCCCCCUGAAGAUCCUCAAGUUCAGCACGGACGAGGGCCUCACGUGGAGCACCUACAACUUCACCGACACGUCCGUGUUCGUGGACGGGCUGCUGAGCGAGCCGGGCGAGGAGACACUGGUGAUCACCAUCUUCGGUCACAUCAGCUACCGCUCCGAGUGGGAGCUGGUCAAGGUGGACUUCCGGCCGUCCUUCCCCCGGCCCUGCCGCGCCGAGGACUACGGCGCCUGGGAGCUCACCGACCUGCAGGGUGACGGCUGCCUCAUGGGCCAGCGCCGGAGCUUCCGGAAGAGGAAGGCCGCGGCGUGGUGCGUCAACGGGCGGAACUUCACGGCGGCGCUCACCGCCCAGGUGUGCCCGUGCCAGGACUCCGACUUCCUGUGCGACUAUGGCUUCGAGCGCUCCCUCUCCGACACCAACAAGUGCUUCGCCAACUUCUGGUUCAACCCCCUGGCGCCCCCGGACGACUGUGCCCAGGGCCAGACCUACACCAGCAGCCUCGGGUACCGGAAGGCAGUGGCCAACCUGUGCCAGGGCGGCGUGGACCUGGCGCGGACCGCGGCGCCGCGGCCGUGCCCCCUGACCCCGCCGCGGGGCCUGCGGGUCAGCAUCCUCGGCGACGCGGUGGCCGUGCGGCCGGGGGAGGACGUGCUGUUCGAGGUGCGGCAGGAGCAGGGCGACGUGCUGACCACCAGGCACCGGGUGGACCUGGGCGACGGCUCCGCGCCCCUGGCCGUGAACCUCACGCUGCGCAGCGAGCGCGUGCGGCACCGCUACGAGAGCCCGGGCGUGUACCGCGUGGCUGCGCGGGCGGAGAACGCGGCGGGGCACGCCGAGGCCGUGCUGUUCGUCCAGGUCAACCCCCCCCUGGAGGGCCUCUACCUCGAAGUGGUGCCUGUCGUCGGCAUUGGCGAGGAGGUGGCCCUCACCGCCGUGCUGCUGCCCCUGAACCCCAACCUCACCGUCUUCUACUGGUGGAUCGGCCGCAGCCUGCAGCCCCUGCUGUCGCUGAACAACUCCAUGGCGACGCGGUUUGCGGACACGGGGGAGGUGCGUGUGACGGUGCAGGCGGCCUGCGGGAGCUCCGUGCUGCAGGCCUCCAAGGUGGUGCGCGUGCUGGACCAGUUUGAGGUGGUGCCUCUGCAGUUCUCCCCGAACCUGGACGCCUACAACCCCAACACGCCCGAGUGGAGAGAGGACGUCGGCCAGGUGGUCAGCUGGCUGCUCGCCAAGGAGACGGCCAUCCCGGCGGAGCUGCUGGUGACGGUGCUGGAGCCGGGGCUGCCCACCGCGGGCAGCCUGUACGUGCUGCCGCCCCCGCCCGGGCCCUCGAGGAUGAGCAGCGCCUCCGGCGACCAGAGCCCGGCGGCUGUGCGGCAGGCGCUGAGCAUGCAGAAGAUCAGCUUCCCCCUGCGGGCCGGCGUCCGCGUGCUGGUGGGCCUCGGGCCGGACACACGCGCUCGGCGGCCGGGCGGUGGCGGCGGCGCCUGGGUGGUGGCCGUGCUCCUGGUCCUCGGGCUGCUCCCCGUGGGAGGCCUCCUGCUCUACAAGUUCAAAAGGAAGCGGCCGGACCGGACGGUGUACGCGCAGAUGCACAACGCCAAGGAGCAGGAGAUGGCCAGCCCACGGGGCCACGGCCAGGCCGGCCCCGGCCCCGUGCAGCCCGAGGAAUUCAUGGACGGCGACCUCCACCCGCCGACCCUAGGGAACCACUCGGGCGUGGUCCUCAGCAUCAACUCCCGCGAGAUGCACAGCUACCUGGUGAGCUGA